AUGUCUGCCGAUACAGCAACUCAACCCAUCAAUACGACAACUGUUGCUCAAGAUGCUGAUCCUUUACCUUUAACCAAGGUUGAUUCUGCGGUUCAAGGAUUAUCGAGUAGUCCUACUGAGGAGAAGACAAGCAAGCAUCGGAGAACCAGUUCCAGUGCUCCUGGUGUAUGGAAUAUUAAUGACUUAGAGAAAGAUGGAAAGGAACUAGAGAUUGCAAAAGAAACUCAAAAGCUGAACUGGCGUAUAAACAAAUCACCAAUGACUCUUGAUGACCCGGAAAAGGGCUUCCUCAAGAAACCUCUCACUACACCACCAGUCAAGAAGAUUGACUUACAUUUUCCUCUGGGAUUGGAGGUCACAGCAAGAAAUAUGAAGGGUGUUACUAUCAAGGAUGCAUUAGAUGCUAUCUAUAAGCAAUACCGAAAGAAGGCCGAUGAUGAACUCGGAGAACCCGUCCUCGCCGGCUUCGAAUGGGAUAAAGAUGAAUCAUGGACUCGUCUCAUUGUACACUGCAAGAAAGAAGGAGCACCACAACCCAAGAAGAAGAGCAAGAAGGCUGGUAAAGAAGGAGAAGAAUUGUAG